UUUCCGCCCGGACGGUCCCUCGGCAGCCGCCGUCGCAGGCGGCCGGGCCCGGGGCAGGGCGGCGGCGGCCGGGCCAUGGGGAACCUGUUCGGGAGGAAGCGGCGGAGCCGCGUCACGGAGCAGGACAAGGCGGUGCUGCAACUGAAGCAGCAGCGAGAUAAGCUGAAGCAGUACCAGAAGAGGAUAAGCCUGAACAUGGAAAGGGAACGAGAUCUGGCAAGGCAGCUGCUGAAGGAGGGGAGGAAAGAGAAGGCCAUGCUCCUUCUAAAGAAGAAACGAUACCAGGAGCAGCUGCUGGAUAAGACAGAAAACCAAAUCAGCAACCUGGAGCGGAUGGUCCAGGAUAUUGAAUUCACCCAGAUUGAAAUGAAGGUCCUGGAGGGCCUGAAGAUAGGCAACGAGUGUCUGAACAAAAUGCACCAGGUGAUGUCAAUAGAAGAAGUGGAAAGAAUCAUGGGCGAAACACAGGAUGCUGUGGAGUACCAGAGGCAAAUAGAUGAGAUCCUGGCGGGCAGCCUGACUGAGGAGGAUGAAGAUGCCAUUCUAGAAGAGCUAAAUGCCAUUACUCAGGAACAGAUGGAGCUUCCAGAAGUCCCUGCUGAGCCUCUCCCAGACACGACCCCAGAAGCGACACCCGUCAAGAACAGGCCAAAACCAGAACUGGUGGCAGCAUCUUAACUCCCACUUCUGGGGCUUCCCCCUGUGACUUUCACCCAGGACAGUUUGCCAUCCCAGCCUGUGCUGGGAACAAGCAAUGCCUUGGCAGCACCCCAGCUGUGCUGGGCCAGGGCUGGAGCAGGGUUUCCCCCUGCAGGGUGGGAGCCUCAGCUGAUUAUUGCUCUUGUAUCAAGAUUCUUUUCUAGUGCUUUCUGGGGUUUUUUUUGGUAACUGAAACUCUGAACUCACUCAGCUGCCUCGGGAUUAAACAUCAACUGAACCUUCCAAAGCCAAACACUCUCUUCAGCUCUGGUGCCAGUGGAAGCUGCAGAUCCAGAGGCUGUCCUUAGCUGUGGUGUCAGUGGAAGCUGCAGAUCCAGAGGCUGUCCUUAGCUGUGGUGUCAGUGGUAGCUCUGCCUUUGCUUGUCUGGAACCCCCUGCACAGGACAGGACGGGACGUCCCACCCGCGGAGCCACCGUCUGUGUGAAGGAUCAGCCUGGGUGAGCAGGAGCCCUCAGACCACCCUGGUGUCAGCACUUCUCCUUCCUCCCUCCUCCCCCUGCCUGUGCUCUCCUGGUGGGGUCUGGGGAAGGUGUGAGGCCCUGGGGCCAGGGAUGGUGAAGAGCAUGAGCUGUGUGUUGCAAAGAGCUUGGUGCUGGGUGUUGGAGGGUGCUCUGUGAGGCUGCUGUGACGGCCCUGCCUGUGGCAGGCUGCUCCAGGAGGGCAGUGCAGGGCCCUGGCUGCAGCGCUGCCUGGGAAGGGCCCCAUCUGCUCAGGGCUGGGCUGUGCCUGGGCACCAGCAACAAUUCCCCUCCAGACCUGGCUGGCUGCAGGGUCUGGUCACACGGUGCUGAGUGAGGCCUGGGCUCAGCAAUCUGAUGAGAUGCCUAAAAUUACAGCAAGGAGUCUUGUGCCAGCACUGGGAGCCUGGAGUGCUCCCUCCCUGGCUCCUGGCCACCCUCAGAGCUCAGCUCCCCCACGGCCAGACGGGCCCAGGGGGAUUCUGCUGCCAGCUCGGGUUUGAUACUUGCUCGUAGGGUCAGAGACAGGAAAGGUUGAGGCUGGAGCAAACACGAGGCUGGUGCUGUGCCAGACAGGCCUGGAGCUUAUUGAAUAGCCCUGCAAAGACUCUGCUCAGUCAGCACUUAGAGGGGAGGCUGGUUCCUUUGGAGCUGGUGCUUCACAGGGCUGGGAGAGGCUGGGGAAGCCCCUGGGGAGCUGCCUGGGCAGCGCAGAUGCAGCUCUGCAUCUCCCCUCACUUCCCAGCUCACAGCUGCUCCUCGGGACACUGCAGAUCUUUGUAACCUUCCUGAAGCCAGAACCUGUAGCCCUUGUUUCUGUGGCAGCAGGAGGAGGAGCAAGAGGGUCUUUGGAGGCUUUUGGUGACAGGCUCUGGGCUCGUGUGACCUGGUGCUGGACGAGAAGCGAUGCCAGAGGCUGCGCUGCUCCCUGCGGCCACACUCCGUGUCAUGGCUGGCACGUUCCAAAGCCUGCCCGGUGCCCGCUGCUCCGUCCUGCGAACUGCCAGGGCUCAGGGCCGGUCCCGCUCUGCACUCAGCCGGUUUUGCCAUCGCCCUGCAAUGCGCACACGUUCCAGCAGAGAGAGCUUCGCCUGCAUCAGCUCGCUGCUGGCUGCAGCGCUCCUGAGCGUUUUCCCCUCGGGUCUUUGCCCCGGUUCUUCGGUAAUUCCCGGGAGCGCUGCUGGGCUUUCCCACGGAGGCACCUUUGCAGGGAGCUCAGCCUCUGCUGCCAGCGCCCGGGGCAAACCCUGUUCCACAGGCUCUGCCCACAUCACCCCUGCCAAGGGGGAACGCGCUGCGGUCUCUCUGCUCCACUUUCCUUCCUCGGAAAGGUCCUGGCAGCAGGAGAGGUGAGAGGGGACGUGCAGGGGUGGCAGCAGGGCAGGUGAGAGGGGACGUGCAGGGGUGGC